GUCCGUACCUCAGAAUUCGCGAUUGGCUUUAUGGCGUCCGCAACACCGAGCCCGAGCCGGAAUCCUCCGCCGAGCCACAAUCCGAGUCGGAGCGACUGCGCGUCAUUUACCACAUGAUAACAGUACCCAGGGAGGCGGGCGGCGCUGGCAUCACUCCCAAGCACGGAGAAUGGAAGAACGUGGAUUCAAUUUUUCCUUUGCACGACCAGGAGAUGAACAAGCGAUGCAUGAAAGAAUGGAGCCAGAAGACGUUCCUGUCGCCCGAGGAUCUCGAUCAGAUACGGGAUAAAUUUGGUGAGAGUGUGAGUACCUCUUGUAAGCGUGGCGCAAUUGUCCAGAAGCUGACAACCGGUCGAUAAUUCAGGUCGGUUUCUACUUCUCAUUCCUCCAGUCCUACUUCAAGUUCCUUCUGUUUCCAGCCAUGUUUGGGUUUUCUUGCUGGCUUCUGAUCGGAUCGUUCUCAAUCAUCUAUUCCGUGGUCAAUUGUCUCUGGUGCAUUGUGUUUAUCGAAUACUGGAAACGACAGGAGGAGGAUCUGAGCUGUCGGUGGCAGACGAAAGGAGUCUCCGCCGUCCGUGAAAAGCGGCGCGAAUUCAAACCUGAGAAGGAGAUUCGGGAUGAGAGCACUGGAGAGAUCAAGGGCGUGUUUCCGGCAACCACCCGCAUGUGCAGACAGCUGCUCCAGGUUCCUUUCGCUUUGCUGUCGGUUAUUGCUCUGGGAGUCAUUAUCGCGACGUGCUUCGCCAUUGAGAUCUUUAUCUCUGAGAUCUAUAAUGGGCCUCUUAAGUCGUAUCUGAUUUUUAUUCCAACCAUCUUGCUCUCGGCCUUGAUCCCAACGAUGAGUUCAGUCUUGGUAUCGGUCGCUACCAAGCUCAAUGACUACGAGAAUUACGAAACUCAACAAGCCUACCAUGUAGCCUUGACGCAGAAGAUCUUUGUCAUCAACUUCAUCACCUCCUACCUUCCGGUGUUCUUGACGGCUUUUGUUUAUGUACCUUUCGCUAGUCGGAUAGUGCCACACCUUGAUAUUUUUCAGGUGACUGUUCGACCCUUCGUCUCUAAAGAGGACGCCACGACAUCGCGCACUGAAUUCAGUAUGGAUCCAGAUCGCCUGCGCAAGCAAGUCAUCUAUUUCACUGUCACGGCCCAGGUUGUCAGCUUCGCCAUGGAGACUAUCGUCCCUUUUCUUAAGCAGCGUCUCCUCCGCGAGUACAAAGAAUAUCUCCGCAAGAAGAACGGGAAGGUGGAGUCGGAUUCCAGUUCUGAAGAAGAGGAGUCGCCCGAGGCUCUAUUCGACGACCACCCAGAUGAGACUAAGUUCCUGGUCCGUGUCCGCAACGAGGCCGACCUAUCUGACUACGACGUCACCGACGAUCUGCGCGAAAUGUGCAUUCAGUUUGGGUACCUGGCUCUGUUCUCUCCGGUGUGGCCACUGGUUCCUGUAUCUUUCCUGAUCAACAAUUGGGUCGAACUGCGGUCCGACUUUUUCAAGAUCUGCGUGGAGUGCAAGAGACCCUGGCCGCAGCGCGCGGAGACCAUUGGUCCGUGGCUGGAUAGCCUUGGAUUCUUGUCAUGGGUCGGCAGCAUAACCACUGCCGCUCUUGCGUACAUGUUCAGCACCAGUCAUGAAGGCCCUGGAGGCGAGCCAACUACCAUCAAAGGAUGGGCCUUGCUUUUGACCAUCUUCUUCUGCGAGCAUAUUUACCUGAUCGUGCGCUAUGCCGUGCGAGCGGCUAUGGCGAAGCUUGAGCCCGCGAAUGUGCGCAAGGAGAAGACCGAGCGGUACCUUUUGCGGAAGAGGUAUCUCGAAUCCACGUUUGGAGCCAGAAGUAGCGACGACGAGAUCGACGUCGACGAGAAGGAGGACAAAUCAGAGAAGCUCUCCCAGCUGACUCGCGAUACACUCGAGGACGACGCUCGUUCAUGGGCAACGCAUGACACGGAUCCCGCUGAGCGCUUCUGGAUGCGGCAGAAGGGGUGGAGAGAAGCCUCCCAGGUCGGUGCAACAAUAAUCAGAACGCUCAAGAAGGACGCGAAUGCAAAGAAGCAGCAAUAAAUCGUUGAGGUGCUUCUUCUUGGUUCAUCUCGAUUGCAUGCUAGGUUUUUUUGCGCUGUUUGCAGCGAGAACUUGUUUAUAUUCAAGACGACGACGUAUCGGGUUGCAGUUGUCUCGCUUUGAGGACGAGGGCAGGGUUAUCUCACGAUCGGUUAUAUUCUGUACAUAGUUAUAUGCUCGGCAAAGUGAUUCAUGCUCAGAUUAGUAGCAUCCUUCGACCACCU